AUGUAUACUUCAAUAUCUCUCCUCAUUGUAUUGACGCAACAUGUUCUGGCACAGCAGAUGCUGCGCUACCAAUGCUCCCAGCUUUCUAUAGAACGUCUCGACCCCAUCCUCAAUACUGGUGUCGCGCAAAGCCCAUACCUUCGCCAGAUCGUCGGUGGAAACUCUUUCGAUGCGACGAUGUCCCCAGGGGAAUACGACCCAGCUCAGAGGUCGACCUGCACGACGUGCUCCUUUAGCGAAGACUUUUCUAAUUAUUGGACGGCGAACCUCUUCUUCAGGUCAAGGAACGGAACUUUCAAGCGAGUGCCGCAGCUGUCAAACAUGGGUCUGAGGGGAGAAGGCGGCAUCACCGUGUACUAUAUCCCGCCGUACGAUGGGAGGACCAAGGUCACGGCUUUCAAACCUGGCUUCCGCAUGAUCGCCGGCGACCCGAACCUGCGGGAAGCACGAGGUCAGCAGCGGCAGAUCUGCCACCGAUGCCUCGACAACCUGGACCAGAAUCCGUUUGGUGGCGCGCCCUGCACAGGGCAUGACACGGCUGCACUGCCCCGAGGGUUCUGCCAUGGAGGCAUUCGGUCAACCAUAACGUUUCCUACCUGCUGGGACGGCAAGAACGUCGAUAGUCAUGACCACAGAAGCCACGUCGCGUAUCCAUCCAGCGGAACCUUUGAGUCGACCGGUCCUUGUCCCGCCUCCCAUCCUGUGAGGCUGCCUCAGGUAAUGUACGAGGUCAUAUGGGAUACGCGGGAAUUCAACAGGAAGGAUAUGUGGCCUGAGGAUGGGAGCCAGCCGUUUGUGUACUCUUUUGGAGACAGUGUCGGCUACGGUCAGCAUGGCGAUUUCCUCUUCGGCUGGAAGGGCGAUGCUCUUCAGAGAGCCCUCGAUGCGCGCUGCCACAUGGACAAGUGUCCAGAGCUCAAGUGGCAGAUGCCUGAGGUUAGCAUCCAGUGCAAGAAAUCACAAAGCGUAUUUGAAGACACAGAGGGUUGGUUGAGCUCUUUGCCUGGAGGCAUCCGAGCCGACUGAAGGAAGUUGUAUAUCUGAUCCCAGCUGGAGUCGACGGUGGUUUAAAAAAGAAAAGAAAGAAAAAAGAAAAAAGAACCGUCCGGACUUUUGCUAUUUAUAGCUUAAAAUCAGGAUAGAGUUGCCACUUACUAUGUAGGUGUUUACCUACCUACAUGGGUACCUACCUACAUCGGUCCC